UACAGCAGAGAGAGAGAAGGAGAGAGAAACUAAUGAACAGUUUUUCUUUCACAGCUAUCAGUUUCUUUCACUAAGCCUUCCAAAACCCGAGCCUCUGCAGAAGACUAAACCCUUGGGCGUUACCUUCAGAAAUGGACAGAAGCUUGUACACUCUCAUUUUCGAGAACCCGAAAAAUUUUUUUAAAGGAAGGAGUCAACUUUGGCUUUGAGUGUUUGGCCUGGGUACAAUGCCUUUAAAAAGCAGAUGACCAGCUUAGCUACUGACCAUGCUGACCAUUGUCCAGAACUGGAUCACAUUACACAAAAAUAGCGAAUGGCUUUCUCUUAUAAAAUAUCAGAACAGAGCACAAUUCCUGAGCACAUUUUGCAGAACUCCUUUCAUCACUUAAUCUUUGCUAACUGGUCUGGAUUACAGACAGAAUCGAUACCAGAGGAAAUGAAACAGAUUGGUGAGCAACAGGGAAAUAAACCACGCUGGGCAGCUCUUCUGAUACUCAUGGUGAUAAUACCCACAAUUGGUGGGAACAUCCUGGUUAUUCUGGCUGUUUCACUGGAGAAAAAGCUGCAGUAUGCUACCAAUUAUUUUCUCAUGUCUCUGGCAGUGGCUGAUUUGCUGGUUGGAUUGUUUGUGAUGCCGACUGCCCUCUUGACAAUAAUGUUUGAGACUAUGUGGCCCCUCCCACUUGUUCUAUGUCCUGCCUGGUUAUUUCUUGACGUUCUUUUUUCUACUGCAUCCAUCAUGCAUCUCUGUGCCAUUUCCGUGGAUCGCUAUGUAGCCAUCAAAAAGCCAAUCCAGGCCAAUCAAUAUAACUCACGAGCCGCAGCAUUCAUCAAGAUUACAGUGGUAUGGUUAAUUUCAAUAGGCAUUGCCAUUCCAGUACCUAUUAGAGGGAUAGAAACUGAUGUGGGGAACCCAAGCAACAUCACCUGUGUGCUGACAAAGGAUCGUUUCGGCAACUUCAUGCUCUUUGGCUCGCUGGCUGCCUUCUUCACACCUCUGGCAAUCAUGAUUGUCACCUACUUUCUCACUAUCCAUGCUUUACAGAAGAAAGCUUACUUGGUCAAAACCAAGCCACCUCAACGCCUAACGUGGCUGGCUGUGUCUACAGUUUUCCAAAGGGAUGGAACACCUUGCUCAUCACCUGAAAAGGUGGCAAUGCUGCAUGGUUCCCACAAGGACAAAACUCUGCCCAACUCAAGUGAUGACAUACUUAGGCGAAUAAUGUCCACAGUUGGAAGAAAGUCCACGCAGACCAUUUCCAAUGAACAGAGAGCCUCCAAGGUUCUAGGGAUUGUUUUUUUUCUCUUUUUGCUUAUGUGGUGCCCCUUUUUUAUUACAAAUAUAACUUUAGUUUUAUGUGAUUCCUGCAACCAGACUACUCUCAAAAUGCUCCUAGAAGUAUUUGUGUGGAUAGGCUACGUUUCCUCAGGGGUGAAUCCUUUGGUCUACACCCUCUUCAAUAAGACAUUUCGGAACGCAUUUGGCCGAUACAUCACCUGCAAUUACCGGGCCACGAGAUCAGUAAAAACUAUCAGAAAAUGCUCCAGCAAUAUCUACUUCCGAAAUCCAAUGGCAGAGAACUCUAAGUUUUUCAUGAAACAUGGAAUGCGAAAUGGGAUUAAUCCUGCCAUGUACCAGAGCCCAAUGAGGCUCCACAGUUCAAACAUUCAGGCUUCCUCAAUCAUUCUACUAGAUACACUUCUCCUCACAGAGAAUGAAGGUGACAAAACUGAAGAGCAAGUCAGUUAUGUAUAGAAGGAAUGUCAGUUUUCAUCUAAAUAAUAUAACGAUGAGUGAGGUAAUUAAGCAGAUAUAAAUGUACCAAGAAUUAUGUAAAGGAGAACUUUAUGUCAUGUAUCAAAUCAUCUCUUUAAAAUAAGAGUUAUCUUUUAAGAUUAUAU